AUGAAGCCUCUCCUCAGAGCUCUGAGUGCUCUGCUCUGCUGCUCGUUGUCCUCCUCACACACACUGGACCCUGGUGGGAAGAACGUCUGCCACAAUCUCAGGGAUCCGUCCACCCUGGUCUGUUGCACUGGAUGGCUUCAAGAAGGAAAAGAGUGCACCAUAGCUUUGUGUGAGGGCGAGCAGGCCUGCCAGAAGGAUGAGCUCUGUGUGUAUCCAGGAGUGUGUCGAUGCCCACCUGGUUUCUUUGGAGCUCACUGUAAAGGACGUUGUCCUAGAGAGUUUUAUGGAUCAGACUGUCGCAAGGUGUGCAAGUGCCUCCCACAUGGUCGUUGUCACUCUGUCACUGGCGAGUGCAUCUGCGACGCCAAUCGAUGGGGCCCACUGUGCCAAAACACUUGCAAGUGCACCCGCCACGGCCACUGCCACCCCAUCCACGGAAACUGCACCUGCAAUGAGGGCUGGUGGUCGUCAACCUGCUCCAAGCCAUGCCAGUGCGUCUCCGGGGGCUCAGCGGGCCUCGGCUGUGACCAGCUGACAGGCCGGUGCCAAUGCAAAAUAGGGCACUGGGGGCUUAAAUGUCCCGUAGCUUGCAACUGCUACCUGUCACCGUGCAACCAGCGGAGUGGUGUGUGUGAGUGUACGACAGGUUGGUGGGGGCCCACCUGUGACAGGCGAUGUAACUGUGACUUUGCGCACAGCAACUGUGACACGGAUACAGGGAUGUGCCUGUGCCAUCCAGGGUACCAGGGGUCCUACUGCAACCAGCUCUGUGAAGCUGGGAAGUACGGCAGCGGGUGUACAAGGAGUUGUGGUCACUGUAAAGACAACCAGCACUGCUCCGUUACUGAUGGGGUGUGUGCUGCCUGUGAGCCCGGCUGGAAUGGUACACGAUGCGACCAGCCGUGCUCGUCUGGUUACUAUGGUGACGGCUGUGAGAGGACCUGUCCACGAUGUAGGACCAAUGAGUCCUGUGACCCAAAAACUGGGACAUGUUCGAGGUGUGAUCCUGGAUGGGCUGGACCCAGGUGUGAGGCCUGCUCUGACAGGACGUACGGAGACGCCUGCAGCUUCCUUUGUAGCCAAUGUUUCCAUGGUAACUGUCAUCACGUGACAGGAAGAUGUGUCUGUCAGCCAGGCUUUCAGGGAGAGAGUUGUAACAGCAGCUGCCCCGCACUGCAGUUCGGCCUCAACUGUUCCUCUGCCUGCGACUGUGGGGAGGGGGUCAUCUGCCACCCGGUCACUGGUGCCUGCCCCAGCAGUGCUCUGCUCGCAGGUAUACUGGUUCCUUUGCUCCUGCUGCUCGUAGCUGUAAUCUGCUGCUGUCUGUGUUGUGGAGGACGGCCUGCUGAUGACAAAGACAGGGCGGCUGUGGCUGAUGGAGGUUGGUCCGUCCGGAUGAAAUAUCACGUCUACAGCGUCCUGGCAAACAUCGGCGCUGCUCUCCCCUGUAUCUCUAAUUGGUCCUCGGGCCUGCCUCGUGUGACUGUAUCUCACCAUGACCCGGAGCUGACCUUCAACCACAGUUUCAUUGAGCCUCCUUCCUGCGGCUAUGUGACUGAGGGUUCGUCCUUCGACACUGAUGAGGAAGAGGGAGAGGCGCUCUACUGUGUCCCUCCAAGAGGAGGUAGGAGUAGAGAUUCAUGUUACUCUACGUUGCCCUCUUCUGGUAGUGAGCAGAACUGCUACAGCUUAUUCUGUUGCUUCAGUUCUGUGCUUCGUCUGUGUCUUCUAAUGUUGCUGGACUUUUCUCUCUCUUCAACAGACAUCCCAGCAGUGGCCAGCGGCGAGUUCCAGGAGAUGAGCUCCAAGUGUAACAUGUUCUUGGACCCAUCAGGCUUCAGUAGUGAGGACAUAACCUCACCCUUCAGCAUCCCCCGCACCUCCAGCAUCGCCAAAUCCAAGCGUCCGUCCGUCUCUUUUGCUGAGGGCACCCGCUUCAGCCCCAAAGAGAGACGUGGCUCGGCUCAUGACCCCAGCUCUCUCCUUGGACACCCUCGCACCAAAUCCAAGCCUGCUAGGGGGGUUUUGGUGCUCUCUGCCCUCCAAAAUCAGGGAGGUGCAGCUAGGCCUGGUGAGGAAGAUGGGGCUGAGGGUGAGGAGAGGGAAGAUGGGGUGGAUGAGGAGGCAACAGAUAAACAGGAAUCAAGCUGUGAGGCAGGGGAACAAGAAGUAGAUAGGAACCUAAACACCCCGUCCCGCUCCACCCUGCAGGUCCCUGGGGCAUCAGGACGAAGACGGACUAUGUCCAACACUGCUGCUCAAAAAGGGAAUCAGGUGUCAACAUCUACCUCCGACACAAAUAAGGUCACUACAGUGUACGUGACGGUGGGUAAGGCGGGUCGGCCCGUAUCAAAGGUGGAGUCGAGCACAGAAGGCCCCGUUCAGGCUAUGCUACGGCGACUCGGAAGCCUCCAGAGACAAAGGGAGCAGGAUCCUGGCAGGCUCAAAGCCAAAACAGCGGAAGGGAUCACCAAACCACCCAGGAGGAAGCUGGGAGUUCGGGCGAGUGUGUGGGAGCAGGAAGGGCCUUCUGGAGGAGAGGUUGCCAUUUGUAAACCUGUCAGAAGGAAACAUGCUUCCCCCAACUCAUCUGACACAGCAGGUGCUAACGGCACUGUGUCAUUAGAGAGUGGUGCUCCUAAAAGGCCUCUCUCGUCCAUUUUGAAAAGCGUGCCAGAGGUGGCUUCAGUGGACUCUAGGUCAGAGCUGAGGGCGGAGGGAGACAGAGGGCAGGGGGACAACCUCAAUAUGGGACAAAAUGAGGGCGGCUACCAGACAAUUGGACCAGAAGGGGACGCUGCAAGUCUCACUGAGGUCAUUGCCAAUGAAGGUGCAGUGGUCAGUGUGAACGAUGAACCAUGCUAUGAAAACGUAAUGAUUAAACAUUCAUAACUUUGGACAAACCACGUCAUCAGCAGGUCUGAUCCAAGUACAACUGUACUGAACUUUUUUAAAAAUCAUUUUGCAGGUAACACCAUUACAGACAAAAAAGGAAAAGCUAAACUACUGUAGUAUGUUUUUAUGUGACAUUUAUGCAGUGUUUGUGACCAAAAAAUGAUCUUCACAUUUAGCCUACAUUCUAAUGAAAGUACAAGAAACACAUGACAUAUUUUAGGUUAAAAGGUAAGUGGGGCAACAAAAAAACCCCCAGAAUAUCAGGUGUGAUAUUUGGAUAAUUUCUCCCAACAUAUUCCCUUAAAGCGUUUAGUAUCGACAGCUGAACAGUAGCAGUAACAGUAAGUAAAUGAGAGUUGUUUUUAUUUGCUCAGGUGUGGUGUGUAGUAUCAGCUGCACACAAACCAGAACAGUCAAAUGAGGGCUUGGUCUUUGCCCUCUGUCCGCUUCUUG